AUCCUGAAAGGCGAUGUGAAAGGUGCAUACCGACAUCUAAUGUCUAUAGCAUCUCAAGUAUUUCGUAUGGCAGCUCUGGUGACAGACCUCAAGAUUUUACUGAUCGACUUAGCAGCCCCCUUUGGAUGGUCCGGAUCCCCACCAUUUGAUGGGCUGUUUGGACGUGCCAUCCGAAGAUACCGAACCCUUUUUUGGCUACGAAUGGCCGUGCUAGGACCCCGAUCAAUUAAUGAGGCCAAGUUCUCGAACUGGAGCACCGAACUCGUCGCCCUAGGUCUGCUCUGGAACACGGAAAAGCGAACAGUAUCGAUGCCAGCUGACAAAAUCGCUAAGGCGCUACAACGAGUAAAUACGAUGAUUCAGCAUCAAGCAGCUACAACAUCGGAUCUACAAAAACUCCUAGGGUCGCUAAGACAUGUGUCAACUUGCUUGCGGGCCGCCAAGCCAUUUUACCAACAGCUGCAAGCACUUGCAGUCGCCGCACCACGGUUUGCAAAAGUAAAACUCUCCGCCGGGGCGAAGGCGGAUCUACGAUGGUUUCAAAACAUCCUGGGUCAUGGGAAUUUCGCUGCGCUACCCCUGAGCAUGUUCGGUGAUCUUCCUUCAUCCGAUGUGGAACUGUACAUGGAUGCUUCAAACAUGGGUUUGGCGAUUCUGGACCCUGGCGCAAAUAAAUUUAUCCAAGAAAAAUUUGACGAAACCGAGACUCUUCUAAUCGCCAACGAUGACACGCAUUUCAACAGCUUCUCCAUUAAUGUGCGGGAGCAUCUGUGCAUCGCAUUGGCACUGUGGACCUGGGGUUCGUCGUGGUCGAGCAAUUCGUCCGGCCAAAUGCUUCACGUGAAGUGCUGGAGUGACAAUAUUUCAGCAGUGCAGUGGAGCAAUCGACUUUCUUCAAAGAAUGAACUCAGCCAAGAAAUCAACAGGGCAAUUGGUCUAGCCGAAGCCUACUUCAACUUACGAGUAUCGGUGGAGCAUUUACCAGGGUCGACCAACACCACGGCAGCAUCGAGGGCCUGGACGGAUCCUUAUAAAACUGUGUGGACCAAUUUUUCUGUGUCGUGGGAACAGACAGCCGAGCCGCCAAUCUUUCGCAAACUCUACACGAACUUCUCGAAGGACUUCAAUCCCGCUCACUGGCCUCGUCAUCAAACGUUAAAUACUCAGCUACUUGGUCACAGUGGGUGCGAUGGUGCACGGAAAUGCGACUGCCUAAAUCGUUACCCAAGGACGAAGAGCGCCAUUCAUAUCAGCUCGCACUUUUCGUAA